AGAAAAUACUAACCGGAUAACCUCUGUGUUAUUUUGUGAUGCUUUCCGUUACCGCUAACCCAACUUGCCAACAGGCGCUAGGCGAGAUAUAAUGCGAAUUUUGGUGAAAUUAUGGCAUCGAAACCUGUGAUCGAACCGUGUGCCAUUUCUGUUUUUAAUCAGGUGUCGUUUGGCAGCAGCCUUCUAGUUCUUAAAUGGUUAAAUCAGAGUGCCGGACAAUGCUAACCAGUUAGCCCCGGGGUUAUUGCUAGCUGGCUAACUUCCUUAGCCAGUUGGCUAUCAAGCCGCGUCAGCUUGCCGGAGUCUGAUAUCUUGUUUCGCGCAUUUCCAGCCUGUUCUCCGACCUCUGUAACUGUUUAACCGGUACCUAAACGACAACAUUAGAUUGUAGCUUCACCAAUGUCAAAUAUAAAAGACUGAAACUUCCAUAAUCCGCUUUUAAAAUGACGAGUCAACAGUGUUUCUCCUAAGCGGCUGGUUUUGUGCAACCGCUGCUCUUUUGUUUUGACAAAGGAAGAGGACCUGAGUUUAUUUCUUUUUUUUUUUUUUUUUUUUUAACACCACUUCACAUCUGGUGGUGGGACGGUUUCUUUGGCCAUUUUCUUUUCUUUUUUUUUUUUUGUUUUGGCCAUGGCUCCACAGAAGCAGAGCUCCUCAGGUGGAAACCACCCGGUGGGUUUUGGUUCUGGAGGAAAAGCCAACGGGUUUUACCAGUCCUCCUCCUCCUCCUCCUCCUCCUCCGCGAUGGCUGUAGCCAAGAAGCCUAACAUGCAACUCAUUCAAGCCGACCACGAGUUGUUCCUGCAGGCCUUCGAGAAACCUACCCAAAUCUACAGGUUCCUCCGCACCAGGAACUUGAUCGCUCCUAUAUUCUUGCACAGGACGCUCACCUAUAUGUCCCACAGAAACUCAAGGAAUAACGUCAAAAGGAAAAGCUCCAAGGUUGACAAUCUGUUGUUCAAAGUGGAAAAGAUGAGAGGCGAACAGGAGACUCACAGCUUGGCCUCCAAUCUGCAGCUCACCUUUACUGGCUUCUUUCAUAAAGCUGGGAAGCCAUCUCAGGACAGUGAGAAUGAGCAGAACUCUGUAUCUCUGGAGGUGCUGCUGGUCAAAGUCUGUCACAAGAAGAGGAAGGAUGUGAGCUGUCCGGUGAGGCAGGUCCCUACAGGGAAGAAGCAGGUUCCUCUGAACCCAGACACGGGCGCUGGAGUCCAGGCCAAGUCGGGCUCCUUCGCCUCCCUGCUGGUUCCCAGCAGCGAGUUUGAACCCAGCAACUCUCACAUGGUCAAGUCUUACUCGCUACUCUUCAGAGUAUCGAGGCCCGGUUACCCCCGAACACAGAUCAACGGCCUGGCCAAUGGAGAGAAUCACCACAACAGAGAUUUUACAGAGGAAGUGGUAAACAGGAAGAGGAGGAGCUCCUCUCUCAGGGAGGAGGGAGAAACCACAUUUGUGGCUCAGAUGACAGUCUUUGAUAAAAACAGACGUCUGCAAUUGUUAGAUGGGGAGUAUGAGGUGUCUAUGCAAGAGAUGGAGGAGUGUCCUGUCAAUAACAAGAGGGCAACCUGGGAGACCAUCCUGGACGGAAAGCGUUUGCCUCCAUUUGAGAGUUUCUCCCAGGGUCCCACCCUGCAGUUCACCCUGCGCUGGACCAGUGACUCCUCGGAUCGCUCCACUGCACCUGUGGCUAAACCUCUGGCCACCCGCAACUCUGAGACCAACCAGGAGGCCAGACACAGCACCCUGAGAGCCACGCAUACACUGGCUGUUAAAGAAUCCAUAAAUGCUGACGUGCAGACCAGAAGAGAACAAAUCUCAGCUGAUCCCCGACAGAAACUACGCAUCUUCUACCAGUUCCAGUACAACCACAACACCCGGCAGCAGACGGAGGCCAGAGACGACCUCCACUGUCCCUGGUGUACCCUCAACUGCAGGAAGCUCUACAGUCUGCUCAAACACCUCAAACUGUCUCACUCCCGCUUCAUCUUCAACUACGUGCCCCAUCCUAAAGGAGCGAAGAUCGAGGUCUCCAUCAACGAGAGUUAUGAUGGUUCGUAUGCAGGAAACCCUCAGGACAUCCACAGCCAGCCGGGCUUCGCCUUCAGCAGGAACGGCCCGGUCAAGAGGACCGCUGUCACCCACAUUCUCGCCUGCAGACCCAAGAGGACGAAGUCGAGUCUGUCUGAGUUUCUGGAGUCGGAGGACGGUGAUCGGGAGCAGCAGGGGACGCACGUCAGCGGACACAACCGCCUCUACUUCCACAGCGACAGCUGCGUGCCACUCCGGCCUCAGGAGAUGGAAGUGGACAGCGAGGACGAGAGGGACCCCGACUGGCUCAAAGAGAACACAGCCAAGCAAAUCGAGGAGUUCACUGACGUCAACGAGGGGGAGAAGGAGAUCAUGAAGCUGUGGAACCUCCACGUCAUGAAGCAUGGCUUCAUAGCGGACAAUCAGAUGAACGAGGCCUGCCUGCUGUUUGCCGAACGCCACGCCGCCCACAUCGUCAAACACAGCCUCUAUCGCAACUUCCUGCUGCACCUGAUCAGCAUGCACGACUUCAACCUGGUCAGCACGCUGACCAUCGACCGGGCCAUGGCCCGACUCCGCCUCGUCCAGAACCAGGCCGCCCAGAGAGACAAAGACGGGGAGGAGGAGGAAGAAGAGGAGGAGGACUGGGAGACGGCCGUGGAGUCCCAGCCGGAGCUGGAUCCAGAUCCCGAUCCCGAUCCAUCUGAGUAUAAACCCUGUAGUGAUGAGACUAACGGCUGCCUGGAGAAUGGAAACCAGGAGGAGAGCGGAGGAGCUGUGACGGAAAGGUCGACCACCAAGCAGAAAGUCUCCGGUUCGGUUUUAAACUGACUGCUCAGUCAGAGAACCACAAAGAUCCCCCGAACAGGACGAGUGGUUUGGAGGUUACAGGCCAGAAUCUACAAAAAGGCGACAGACAAGCAGGUGUUAAAACACACACAGGUUACUGCAGGGAUUAUAUUUUCAAGGGCAGGACACAUCAGAAACAACACGAAGUCGUUUUUUUUCACACAUUUACAUCAAAGAGACGCUUCAGAGGCGUUUAUCAUUUCAUUACUUGGGAAAGUGAGGAGUUUAGAAUCACCAUUAUUUCCUUGCUCUAUAUAGUGUGUCCUCACAGAUACUGUCGAUGUAACAGACCGUUAGCUCAUUAUCCUUUACCUACCCUCAGAGGUGCCACGGUUGCCGCAUCCUUUCCUUUCAUGUCCAACUCACUAAGAUUAUUAACGACAAAACUAUGGAACAAGCACAAAACAAAUUCAGCCUUCAGUCUGGAUUUGUAGGAACAGAGUUUGUAGACUUACAGGAUAAAGCUGGCGAUAUUCUGUAGUUUUCUUAUUGGCAACAAAUCCCCUGAAAAGACCAAAACUAACGAUGCGUCUCUCAGUAUUUACUUACCCAUUGGUUAAUAGAAGACCUGAACAUGUAAAUCUUUAAAAAUGGCUUGCAAAUAUAUAGUUUCAUGUUUAAAAAGGCUCAGUAAUUUCCUAAAACAGCUGCUCGCUGUAGUUUUUAUCAGACAAACAGGAGGAAAUAGUGCAUCUGUUGGGGUCUAUUUUCAGCGGCGGAUGAAUCCACAUGUGGUGCUCUAGUGAGUGUUUGGGGCAGCAGGACGGUGUGUGUGGGACUGAGUCAGAAUAAACUACAUUCAUACACACUCAUUGAUGUGUUUUUAAUAGUUUCUGGACAACAAUGGAGCUCUGUGGCUCAGAGGAAGAAGAGAUAUCAGGCGUUGGAUGCAUAGAUUGUACUGUAUUCUAGGAUCAGUGUUGGUUUUGCUCUAUUCAUGAGAUUUGUUGACAAUAAGAAAAAUAUGAAAUAUCUUUUCACUGAGUUGUGCACAAAUUUGGGAUUUUGCAAAAUUUCAAAGAUUGAAAUCUGCUUUCACAUUUUCCUGCAGCUGAUUUGGCAGAUUGUUUUUAUCAGGAAACACAUGAUUAUCUUUAGAAGAACCCUGACUUCAGAAGGCGACGCCGAAUCUACAGCUAUGUACUUUGUGUUCGCUCGGAUCCGAGACUUUUCUCCUGGACUCAAAACAUCGAACGCACUCAUGAUUCUGAUCUCAAAUCUGCCGUAGCGCGCUCUCAGAUCCCGAUGUUUGAUGACCGGUCAGAUUCAUGUUGUGCUCGCUCCAUCGUUUAGUUAACAAACUCCAGAUGGGAUCGUGUCCUUUGUCUUCCUCCGUGUGAAGCACCAAUCGGUGACCCUCCAGCCACGCUCAGCUCCACCCAAGGUUUUCUUUAUUACUGAGUGUGUUAACAUGCACCUUAGCAUCACGGUUAUGGAUCACAGAUGUCUGAUCUCGGAUCAAGUGUCUAGGUCUCAAGGUGUCCAGGACUCUUAUUGUUUCUCUAGGUGUCUGAUGGGUUCUCUGGGUGUUUAAGAAAGUCUCUAGGACUCUGGUUAGGUCUCCAGGUUUCUGAUUAGGUCUUCAGGUCUUUAAUAAGGUCUCUGGGUAGGUAUCUUAUGAAGUCUUCAUCUCCAGGUCUCUCUACAGUCUCACAUCUGCACUGAACCUCAACAGUUGACACGAAGCCGCCCGAACUCUGCUGCAGCUUCACACUCUUAUAUUCUCCGUCUGAUCAACAGCAUAUAUUGAUAUUUAUUAUAUUGUUCAUUUUUCUAAGAACUUGAGUCAAAUACAAACCCGCUCAGAGAGCUGUGAUCAGAUCCUGGAUCAGAUGUUUGCAUGUCACAGUACCCAACUCAAAUAUUCCAGUUCGAGGGCUCAUCUGAGUUUCUAACGCUGUUUACACGUGCCGAGAAAUCAAGAGGAUUCACUAAAACUCAAACUUGGACACUAGUGUGCCUGCACACACACUUUCAGCGCAGUUUCUACUACCGGUGCUACAUCUUUUUAUUCCUCUGAAACAACUGGUGGUCAUUUGGAAAGGCCUCGGCUCCUUUUCGUACAGCGACUUCUACUGCCAGCACUGAGAUGCAUUAUCGCUUUUUUAAACUGACUGACUUGUUUUCCUCCAGGACGACAAACGGACAGUAAACUGUGUCCCACUUCAAGCUCCGCCUCCUCUGAAAUCCACAAUUAAAAGGCCCGAUUUGUUUCGACAGGAUGCAGAAUUGCAAAAUUUGAACACAGCACGAGCACGAGCACGAGCGUGUCCUUUUGUGAAGUCUGUCUUUGCGUUAGCCGCUUGUUUAGUUUCGUCUCUGUGAGGCUGAAGUCGGGAAGCGCAGCUCGUAUAAUUCAUGGAGAAGAUGCAGGUUCAGUCCUCACAAAGCCACGCUCGUACUGAAACACUGAUUUGAGUUGUCUAAACCCUUAAACUGUCCUUCAGGCGCUGGUUCCAGCUUCUUAAAUCUGAGAAACUGCUGCUUUUGUUUCAAAUCAUUAUGAACUCAAUCCUUUUGGGUUUUUGGACUGUUGGUUAUAACUGCUGAUCUGCAUUUUCCCUUAAUGAUUAAUUGACUAAAUAAUAAUAAUAAUAAUCAUAAAAGGAGGCAGAGCCUGAAACAGCACACAGGUUUAAAAACAUCAACAUGAACUGAAGCUGAACAAGUUGUCCCUUAUUUUAUUCAUUUUGUUUUUGGUUUAUUUUUCCCUCCCGUUGUUGCUGCACCUGCCGUUAUGUACAUAAGACUGUGUGAAACUCUGUAAUAAAUUGGUUUUGGAAUAUGGACUUUUUGGAAACCUGAACACCACCACCCGGAGGUUUUGUAGUUCCUUAGUUUACCGACCAAAGGGGAUGAAUUUUCUCCGCUCUCGUUUCUUCGUGUUUCUCGUGUGAAAAUGUCUUGCUUUUUGUAAAAAACUAAAUUAAAAAAAAAAAAAAAAAAAAAAAAAAAGACCCAGACUGCAUCUGUGAUCGCCACAUCUGACCCGCCGUCACUGCCUGUAAAUGAUCUCAAGUUUCAGUGAGACAAAAAGCCCAGAUGCUGAUUCAGCAUUAUAGUUUCCAUAUCGAACUGACUGUGCGCGGUAUGAGUCUGCAGCAGUGCAGGAACUGAUGGAGACAAAUUUAGUUUUGAUGGGAAUAGUUGGAUUUAUUUGUAACUUCUGAUAUUGUGACCCUGCUCUUUAAAAGCUUUACAUCAGUCAGAAGUCUGAUGGUGACAAAUCCAGCAUGCUGUGGGUGUUCAGAGCCAAUCGGUUCAUAUGUGACGGCUCCGAGUGACGCUCGGAGCGCUUUUUGUUUUGGACAGAGCCCACUGUUUUGUUUUGUUUUUUCCAUUCACAUGAGACCAGCAGCAUUUUGCACAAGAUGGGAGGAGCCAUGUCAAGAAAACAAUACUUUUCUUCAGCAAUUUAUGUAAACCAGCUUGACGUUGUGAACUUUUAAGUUGAGUCAGAGCGGUUUUCUAUUAAAAGAACAAUUUUGUACUA